AGAUUAUCAUCAUGGAGUGGCAUCCCACUCGUUUCUUCCAUCAUUCCAACAAAUCGCCCUAUGCUCUCAUCAUCCUCAACCAGCCCAUCAACGAGAAUGCGUUCGUCAUCCUGAGGAAGCAUGCCAGCCUCGUCGUCUGUGCAGAUGGAGGUGCUAAUCGGUACUACGAUCUGAUGAAAGCCCACGGAAGGGAAUCUAUUGAUCUCCCGGAUGCCGUGAUCGGUGAUCUGGACUCCAUCAAAUCCACGACUCGAAGCCAUUACGAGCGGCUGCGUGUCCCUGUCAUCCAGGAUCCGGAUCAAUAUUCGACGGAUUUCACCAAGUGUCUCAAGCAUCUCCGGGAUUGGUAUUAUCAUGGUGGCCUUAAUGGCGACGACAGCGCCAGCAUCGAUAUCAAAGAUGGCAGUGGUGAUAAAUAUAAUAAUAGGACACUGGAAAUCCUCAUUCUGGGAGGUCUGGGGGGACGAGUGGACCAGGCCUUCUCCCAGAUCCAUCAUCUCACAACAUUCAGCAUGAAAUGGAGCGGAAUACACACGAGCACGACCAUCGAAUCAGAAUCAGCACCCAAGACGGACGCGAACGAUAAUAAUAAUGGUAAUGGUAAUAACACCGAUCUGAAACUAAACCUCUACCUCAUCUCAGAAGAGAGCAUCACUUUCAUCCUCCACCCGGGAAAGAAUAUCAUCCAUACACCAGGAACCAAUAGACCCUUGGAAGAAGAAGAGAGGAAGAAGAACAAAAACAACAACAACAACCAAGAAUACUUCCUCGAAGAGAACGUCGGGAUCAUCCCCUAUCUCGGUCCGACGAGGAUCACGACUCACGGUUUCGAAUGGGAUGUCACUCACUGGCCGACGCAGAUAGGUGGACAGAUCAGUACGAGCAAUCAUAUUCGGGCUGAUGUGGUCGAGGUCGACUGUGAGGCUUCUGUGCUUUUUACUCUGGAAUUGGCUACGAGGUUUAAGUUCUGGGGAAAUGGGCGAUAAUAUAUACAAAUGAAAUGACAGCUACGAGACCAAGACGUGAUAUCAUCAUAUCUCAUUCAAUGCUACAAGACAAUAAAGCCCAGCAACCAGAUUUCACAGCCAGUGCCGCAUAUUCCCGAUGAAAAACUUUUUCAGAAAAGGGAAGAAAUAAUAAUUCGAGAGCAUUGCAAAACAGAAGACAUCAAUCCCAACAUCCGACGCGCGGGCCUAUAUAAAUAAAAGAGAAGAAAGGUCAUCAAUGGUAAACAACCAAGCCCCAACGAUCAUUGCAGAACCCAGUCCAAAAACACGGCUAUAUGAAAAAAAUACCCAGGUAAGGAUAUUAAGUAAAAAAUCAAACCCAAAGCCCUAUCCCUUUCAUAAGUAACUUUGUAGCGUUCAUCAUUCCUGAUGUGAGAAAAGACAACACAAGACGGAAAGAUAUAUAAAACCUUGUAUUUCUUUGCACCUAGAAUUGCCUCCGCAGAACAGCUUGAUACAACGUCUCGACAGCACCGAUAGAUGCAGCAAUAAGCAUACCAACCCAUCUUCCUGGAUACGCAGCAUUCACCUUCGAAAUUGCAGACCUGCUUAAGAGGCCUGCCACGGAGACCUUGUUGCCGUAUAUAAUAUACCCAAUGAGUCCCCUGGCAAUACAGAAAGAUAGGUAAUCGAUGUUGGACUCCUCACUCGCAGCAACGCUGACGCUGCGCGUGGAAUAGACGCGAUUGUGAUUGCGCAAGAUUGUCGCUUUGCUGACGUUACAGAAGAAUGCGAACGUCAGUGGCACCAGGACGUUGGUCAGCAACCAGAGUGAGAAAGGCGCCCAGACCGAGCUACUGGCCAAAUGAAAAAAAUCGGGCCAGGAGGCCGAUCCUCGCACCGGCAAGAGGUGGAUGGCGACCCAAAUAGCUUCCAUCACAACGAUCAGCACCUGGAUCACCUUGAAGUCACUUAGCCACUCCCGCAAUAUACUGAUCCAGUGGACUGGCCUGGAGUCGCUCAGCGCAUCGUAAAUGCGCUUGCGCGUCCAUCUUGUCGGGCGAUCCGUGGUCCGAGGGCCAGUCGCCAGCGACGUCGGUAUGGCGACUUGCGGGAGCAGAGACUGACGAGCGGGAGUUUCCGCUGCAUCGGAAGGUGUGGGGGACUCCGCAUUUGAAGGCGCC